AUGUCAAAGAUACCUAUUAUUCUCGAACAACAAUUUGAAGGGUGGCAAAAUUCUCUUCUUUCCAUUCUGAAAUUUCCUCAGGAAAAAAACGAUUUCUCUAUAAUAAACAAAAAAAGUCAGGUAGCAGAGCGGCAAGGAGUUGAAGAAGGAGUUGGACGCUAUCAAAACAACGGAACUUCCUCCGGUGAGCUUCCUUUAUCUCAAGUCUGCGUGAAGGCCAGAGUUAACUCGCCUCAGCUCCAAGAACAACUCCGUCAGGCUCAAUUUGAAGCCGUCAAUGUAUUCCGGAGAAACGUCGAUUUCGAACAAAUUAAAAAAGGAGCACUCUUGUUGGGAAAACAAAUGAUAUUUGUCAAUCAAAUUGAGUACAAGUUGCAUAUGGACUAUUAA